CUGUAUCACGCGGUAGUUUGAAAAAUACAUUGUCUUUUUUUCAAACAUCUUGUACUAGAACUACGUAUUACUAGACACACUGACACAGGGAAUUCUCUUCUUUUUGACAUCUGAUUGACAGUUGCAGAGACACAGCAGUUUUUCUACAUAGACAACCAGAGAAAUAAACUUGGUUUUGCAGUUGAUUUUAAUAGCUCAGUUGGAGUACUUUUCUGCUAUAAAGUUUCGUCAUAAUGCCAAGCGGAGCACGUCGACUACCUCGUACGGUUCGUUCAACACUACAUCCAGCUGUUGUUCCUCUUGUAUCAGGUGAUAUGGCCAGUAAUAAAUACACAUCUAUAGGAACAUCAUCAUUGACAGGUUUAGAACCAUUGGCACCUAAACACUUUCCAUUCCCUAACACUCCGGUCGAUAAUGAUUUAACUUUUGAAUUUCUUAUGUUUCUGUACACAAUCAUAGCUGCAGGAUUGCAAUUUUUACAGUUGUACCGAAGCGUUUGGUGGUUACCACAUUCUUAUAAUAAUAAAUCUGUCAAUUUUUACCUUAUCGACAUCAAUCUAGUGAUUUUUAUUUUUAUUAUUUUAUCUAGAAGACUUAUUUAUCUGCUUGGUUGUCGAGUUUUAGAAAGGUGGCUACCAGAAAAAUUCCUGAAUGGAACAUGUCUCUGUUAUAGGAUGUUUCUUUUUGGUUUUAUGGUUGUAAUGCUGUCUUGGUGUGCAUACGAGAUUAUUCAAAAUCAUGCGAUUGUGAACAUAUUUUAUCUUUGUUAUCCUAUAUCUGUGUACGUAAUUUUGUUUGGGUUCACAAUUGUACCGUUUUUCGAGCUUGUCAGUUGUAAUGUGGAUGGUUUACCUCCUCUACAUGCCUGUACAUCAAAUGCUGCCGACAUAAGAAGUGAAGUGGAAAAUUUAAAGGGCAAUUUCAAUGGUCGAAUGAAACAGAUUCUGUUUAGCUCAGUUCUUAAUGCGUAUUAUGCCGGAUUACUUCCAUGCUGUUUUGCACAGAGCUUCGUAUAUUACGACACAAAUUGGGCUACUCAACACGUCAUCUUCCUUUGGUUAAGCUGUUUUGCUUCAUACGCCAUUCAUAUCUUGCCAUUGCGCUACUGUGAUAUUUUACAUAGAUCGGCAUUACAUUUAGGUUACUGGGACAAAGUGGAAACUCGCUCACAUUUACCAGUAACACACACAUGGCAAGAAGAUGUAUUGUGGCCAUUUGGUUCACUUGUUCGACAUGGUCGUGACAUUUAUCGUGGCUUGGGAGAGAUAAAUGCUGCAGAACCUGGAAAUACAAUGUAUGCCCGAUUUUUUACCAUUUUUUGGAAUCCAUCAAUUGUUCUUGCUGGGCUACUGGCAAUUCAUGUGGCUCUUGUAUUAUUUCAGCUGACUCUGCUAUUGAGAAGUUACUUUUACUGGUAUAAUAUUGUGUCAGUCACUUUACUUUUAUUUUUUAAUUAUUAUACAUUAUUUAAAAUAGGUAGGGAUUAUCUUAUAAGUCAAAAAGUAUAUAAGGCUGAACAGGCAAUGCAUGAUAAAUUACCUGAAACAUAGUUUAUACUUUUAUAAUUAUUUUUAGACAAUUAAUAUCUACCUACACCUACAGUGCUGUGACAUAUUUUUUAGGAUGAUUUUGACUGAGUGUGACACUAGUGUUUAUAAUAGAGGAAACGAU